AUGCUAGGCUGUUUAGGCAAUGUUCUCUUUGUCUUCCUAAUCGGACAACUGGAAGUAUGAACCUUCCAUAAAUCAAACAAACAAACACCACUCUACAAUACUCUACAUUGAAUUAAACACGCGAGUUGUAUCAGUAGAGCCGCUAAAGUGGAAGUUCUCGAGGAUAAAUUUAAAACUCUGUGCAAAAUGUCUACGGAUUUUUACAUACGAUAUUAUGUUGGACACAAGGGAAAGUUUGGCCACGAAUUUCUCGAAUUUGAAUUCCGGCCUGACGGGAAACUGCGUUAUGCCAAUAAUUCCAACUAUAAAAACGAUACAAUGAUACGUAAAGAAGCCUAUGUUCACCCUUGUGUAAUGGACGAGUUAAAAAGAAUCAUAAUUGAUUCCGAAAUCAUGCACGAAGACGAUCGCCUGUGGCCACAACCUGAUAGGGUUGGUAGGCAGGAAUUAGAAAUUGUUAUUGGAGAAGAGCAUAUUUCUUUCACUACUUCUAAGACUGGAUCUUUGGUUGACGUGAAUCAAUCCCGCGACCCUGAGGGUCUUCGUGGGUUUUAUUAUUUAGUUCAAGACCUUAAAUGUCUAGUAUUCUCUUUAAUUGGGCUACAUUUCAAGAUUAAGCCUAUAUAAAAAUUAUAAUCUCCUAUUCUUGAGUAAUAAAAUAUUUACAUAUAA